AUGUAUAUUGUAUUGUUUACUCUGCAGAAGUAGGUAGGUUUCGCGAGUUUAUUUUCACGCGUGCAUGCAUUUUGUCUCCGUUUGAACCAGCGUACCUUUAUUCAUUUAGCAUUUUCUCCUUAUUCGGCGUGCUUUUUCUCGAUUCCCUCGCAGAUUGCUUCAAUUACACGUUUUCGACUUUUGCUUCUUUUACUGGUAAAUUCGGGUUUGUUUACACGCCACAAUGCUGGAAAUAUAUAUUGUUUUUGCUGCUUUUUAUGUAUUAAAAGGAAAUAAUACGUAAUUACCGGUUAGCUGCUUAGUGGUGUUUAUACAGGAUCGCGGGGAUUUAUCUCACAUAUCUCAUUAUGAAAACGAUCUCAUUCUUUUUACGAAGUAAAGAAAGUGUAAAUAGAGUUUCGCUCCAAAGGACUGUCUAAAUUUAACGUUAUUACACCCACCUACAUCCGGACUCCCUCAUUGGCCAGUUCCUUACCUGUACUCUCCCCCUCUUUCGUUGCAUCCACCAAUAAAAAAAGUAAACCCAUAAAUAUAUAUAUUUUUGGGUACCGUUAUGAGGCAUGGUGUGUCUGUGAGCCGAGGGGCUGGAAAGCACCUUUUUUCCCCCUCCUGCUGACGACACGACGGUGACUCUGCGCGUCUACACGGGAGCCAUCAUCAUCAUCACCAUCAUCAUCAUCAUGUUUACCUGAACGCGGAUAACGGGGCUGACCAAUGGCCUAUAAAUAAACACAAAUAACACCUGCGGCUCUCGACCGUUCACGGAACAGGAUCUGCUCGCCGUUUCCUAAAAGCUCUGCGUGUCGUGAGGAGCCAGAAAAACCGCUCCAAAUGUCAACUUGUGCAGUGACAAACUUCAACAAUGGCUUGGAGGCCAGCUCAGACUCCGAUGACGAGGACAAGCUACACAUUGUGGAGGAGGACAGCCUGCAGGAGCCUGAGGUUACAGAUGCUGAUGGAACCACAUCGCUGGACAGCCAUGACCAUGACGCCACCGUAACAGUAUUACCCCACAACGGGUCCUGGAAUGGAGUGAAGGAGGAGUGUGCAUCAGAGGAAGAAGAGGAGGUGGAGAAGGAUGCUCUAGUGGAGGAGAUUCUCCAGCAGGGAGACACAGCCAUCAUCUAUCCUGAAGCCCCCGAGGACGAGCAGAGUCCAACAGAGACGGGAGGAGCCGAUGAAAACGGAACACCUGAUUCUUUUUCCCAGUUGCACACUUGCCCCUACUGCUCCCGGGGCUACAAACGCAACGCCUCACUGAAGGAACACAUCAAGUAUCGCCACGAGACCAGUGAGGAUAACUACAGCUGCUCGCACUGCAGCUACACCUUUACCUAUCGCUCGCAGCUGGAGAGGCACAUGAGCCACCACAGGGGCUCCAGAGAGCAGCGUCACGUUUCGCAGUCAACAGGAGGAUCGGUAGGAACAGGUGGAACUCGCAAGUUCAAGUGUACCGAGUGUUCCAAGGCCUUCAAAUACAAACACCACCUGAAGGAGCACCUGCGCAUUCACAGCGGUGAGAAACCAUACGAAUGCUCAAACUGCAAGAAGCGGUUCUCCCACUCAGGCUCCUACAGCUCCCACAUCAGUAGCAAAAAGUGUGUGGGUGCUACGCCCCCCAACGGUGUUGCUCGAACAUCGAUUAAGUCCCCCCCAGCCCCUGCACAGACGAGACCUGUUGUGAUCGCUCCAGCUCGUGUGGUUCUUAAAGACAAGACUGAAAGCAAACCCCUCCAGGAGCAGCUGCCUGUCACCCAGAUCAAAUCAGAACCUGUGGAAAUUGAGUGCAAGCCUGUGACGGCGGCACCGGCAACUUCAGCCGGCAGUAACGGCGUGGUGAACGGAGGAACAGCACAGCCGACUGUGGUCCCAGCUGCAACCCUGCCUCAGGGUGUGGCUAUGGUUGUUCCAACAGUAGGUCUGAUGUCGCCCAUCAGUAUCAAUCUUAAUGACUUGCAGAAUGUGCUCAAGGUGGCGAUGGAUGGAAAUGUGCUCAGGCAGGUGCUGGGUUCAGCCAAUGGGGUGGUGACGCAGGGGAAGCAGGGAAUUGUGGUCCAGCAGCCGCAGCAACAGAUCAUCAGCCUUCCUGCCUUCGUGGAUCACGACGGUACCACCAAGAUCAUCAUCAACUACAGCAUUAGCCCUGCUGCUGCCACAACUGCCACCGCCCAGCCUACACCGCUUGUUGUCAAAAAUAACCCUACUCUGCCUCCCACUAUCACGACUGUGGCCGCUGCAGCUCCCACAACAACUAAACCCCAAACCCAAGAGGCGGCCGACCUUACGAUUAUCAAGAAAGAACCGGAAACAGUCCCCAUCGCAGAUGUGGAGAAGGAGGCAUCCACGCAGACAGAAAAGGCAACCGAUAAAACUUCAGAAGCAGCUCAGAAGCCAAAGCCCAACAGCACCAGUACAUGUUUACUUUGCGAUGACUGUCCUGACAAUCUGGAGGCGCUGCAUCUCCUCCAGCAUCGCAAAGCAGCCAACGGAGAGGCCGUCGACUCUGCUGCUUUGGACCCGUCUUUCGCCGCCUUGCUAAACGAGGCAGGGGUGACCCUGGAGGAGCCGCCUGUCGUCGAUCUCCUCUCACUUCUUAAGACAUACUUUGCCUCCAACGCCAAUCCCAGUGAUGAGGAGCUGACAAAGAUCUCAGAGUCUGUCAGUAUCCCAGUGGAUGUGGUUAGAAAGUGGUUUAUGAAGAUGAACUCGGGGAAAAGUGUGAGCAAGCGCCACAAUGAUGCAACCGCAGUUUCUAAAGACACUGAAGCCACAAAUUCCAGCUCAGAGGUCACUGUGAAUCAGAAUGAAAAGGAAGAAGAAGACAAUACAAUCAAGGAGGUAUCCAACAAAGCCUCGUCAGACUCUCGCAGCGCCUCCCCAUCAGACUCUGAAUCACUCAACAACGAGGACCUUGUCAUCGUUAAAAGUGAACCAGAAGACCCGGAAGCUUCUGACUCCCAGGCGGAACCUCUGGACCUCUCUCUUCCUAAACAGAUCGCAACAGAAUCGGAAAACAAAAUGACUACACCUCCCGCCAAGCAGCAAGAACAGCCUCUGAACUUGACCUGCUUAAGGAAGGAGGAGCUCGAGGGUCGAACCAUCUAUGUGACCACACCUCAGACCGGAAGACCUGUUAACAUCGUCACUGCCGCACAGCUUCCUACCUUAGUUGCCAUCGCUGGUCAGGGCUGCCUCAACACCACCACGAAGCGCACCAUCCUCAUCCCCCAGCUCACAUAUACCUACGCCACUACAGCUGGCAAUGCCACUGGAGCAAAGACUGUUGUUCUCAAUGGUCAUAAGGAGAAGCGUUUGGAGAGCAGCUCCGAGGGUGUUUCCACAGUGGAGGAGCAGAACGACUCAGAUUCAGCCGUGGCGAUGAAGAAGCGGCGGCUAGAAAAUGGCGUCUACCCCUGUGAUCUUUGUUCCAAGGUCUUCCAGAAGGGCAGCUCCCUGCUCAGGCACAAAUAUGAACACACAGGAAAACGACCCCACGAGUGCAACGUCUGCAAGAAGGCUUUCAAACACAAACACCACCUGAUCGAACACUCGAGGCUGCACUCCGGUGAGAAACCUUACCAGUGCGACAAGUGCGGGAAGCGUUUCUCUCACUCAGGCUCGUACUCCCAGCAUAUGAAUCACCGUUACUCCUAUUGCAAGAAGGACGGGCCAAACUCGGGCUCCGGCUCAGGGCCACCCAGGGAUCAGUCAGAGCUCGGCAGCCCAAGCGGCAGGCUGCAGUCAGACAGCCGGACCACGACCCCGCCCUCCCAAAUGGACUCAGACGAGAGGGAGAGUGAGGAAGAGGAAGACGAGGCCAUCUGCAUGGACGACAUACGGGUGGUGCAGGUGGACGACGGCGAGUGCGAGAUCUAUGAGGGUAACUUUGACGACGAUGAUGAGGAGGAAGAGGGAGAGGAAUUAGCAGAGGAAGAGGCGACAGCAGAAGAAGAAGAGACUGAACAAGAGAAGGAGCAGGAGGAGUUUGCCUGUGACGUAGUAGAAGUGGAGCUGGGAGAUGACCACGUGGAGGACGCCGAGAUGGAGGAAAGAACCGAAGAAAAGGAGGAAUCAGCAAGUGUGGAUGCAGAGAAAGCGGCAGACUGUGAAGUCAAUACAGACAGCAGCAUCAGGGACGGGACAGGAAACACCGAAACAACAGAGGAAGCGGUGACAGACACCAAAUGAAGGAAGAAAAUUCUUCGGGACAGUUUUGAGUGUGUCGGUCAUUGAAGUCGGGUAAUCUUAGACAAAAACCACAUCUUGCCAUCAGAAGAAAGUCACGGCAGUUGCCUGAUCUUAACGGUCCACUACUGUGUACAAAAACCCAGGUGUGCCUGAACUUGAAAAAAGAAAAAAAGAAAUAGAAAAAAAGAAAAAACGUGACUUUUUCUUUGUGAAAAUGAAAUAUCAGUGUUUAAAAUUGUUUAUAGAAGUACAGAUUUUAAAGUAGAACUCACCCAUCAACUCAUUAGACUUGUUACUGAGACAUCCCAGGUUGCUUUGUUUUUUCUUUUCAUUCAAUCAGUGUUAACUAAUCGUGUUCUUGUUUGAAAACCUUUUAACCUUUAAAGAUGAGAAAGAUUUCUAUACCUUUUUAUUGCCAAUGAAGUUUCCUAAAAUCAGUAUUUUAUUGAGUUCUACGAACAAAAACCUCUGCACUACAGUAUUCCUGGUUUACCUAUGGAUACAUGCCUCAUGCAUUGUAUGCCCUUCAGUGUUAUAUAUGUACACUAGCUAGCGAAAUGUUGUUUGUGUUAGUGUUACUCUUUGCUAGCUAGCAUUACUGUUGAUUUCAGUUUGACUGUUAGCCUUAAGGAAAACAAAGUAUUCUUGGGGAGGGUUGGGGGGUGGGAUGGGGAGUCCGGGAUGAGAAUGCGGCUUCUGUACGCCAUAACCAAAUUUGUCCUAUCAGGGAAGGCAGAGUCACAACCUCAAAGCCAGCAUGGCGCGCCUUUGUUUUGCUGCUCAGCACUGCCCGAACGGGUGGAGUCUCCAGGUGAAGACAUAAAAGCAGACUCCGACCUCGUGGCUCGGCUGUGGAUCCAAAACAGACGCGCCUGUUCUUACCAAGCUUCUCCUUAUUUUGGUUGACUUUAGUUCUCAGCGAGUGUUUCAGUAUUAUCGGCUUAUAUAUGAAGUCAAACUGUACGUGAAGGAUCGGGGCUUUUUUUCCUGCUCCACCCCAAUGCCUCCAGCCUUAUGCAAGACCUGUGUGCUGUUAAAAGUGCCAUUGAACAGUGUUAUUUUUUUUCCUCACACAUGUAGCCAGUAUUAUGUCCCUCUGUUACUUACACAGGAGCCAUGUUGACUAAUGUUUGUUGACUUGCACAGAACAGCAGAUUUGUCACAGCAACAAAGAAGGACACUUGAGAAACAGUAUUUGGGCUGUUUUGUCUGUAAAAAGACAGACCCCUUGUCCAAAUAGCCCACUUGGGGGUGACGUCUUAUUUUAUUUUAUCUGCCAAACUAAAAGCUAGAAUUAUUUAGUUUACAAUGAUUGUUUUUCAAAAAGACAAGUUAAAGCCAGAGAAUGUUUAGCACUUUUCUAUCAGUAAAUUAAAUCUACAGGCAUGUCUAAAAGUUCUGCUUUUGUUCCUGGUACUUAAAAUUGCAUAUUUGCUCUUGACUAAAACUUUUUUGUUAUGAAUUACUAACUCAUCAGUAUCCAAUGGCUGCAGCUUGUAGGUCCAAAGUCUGAGGUUUAGAGCAGUGUUUUUAAAAUGCCUUCUAAUGUAAGAUAAUCAGUUUCCAACUUUCGAACUGCAUAAAUCCAAAUUUUUAAGAACCCCUCAACACUCAAACUCAGUAAUGUGCCUCACCAGGUCGGCUCAGGAAGAGAUAAACCAGACCAAACCCACAAAAGUUUAAAGUAUAAAACAAUGAUAGAGAGACUCAGUAAGUUAGUCUCACUUGUGCACUUAUUAUUUUCAGAUGACGAUUAAAAGAAACAAAUUCAUUGUGGCAAGCUGUCCCGCACUUGAGGUAACAAGCGUUAGUGAAUGUGGUUUCUGUUGAAGAGUUUUGCUUUGGUUUUACCAGACAGUGUUUAUAGUAUUAAUCUGUUUUACUUUUUUUUGUUUUAAAAGUAUGUCCUCUGUAUGUUUUUGUCAACAAUGGCAGUAUUAGAACCCUUUUCACAGAUUAAAAAAAAUAUACCUGUUUAGUUUUUAGAAGACUUUUUUAUAUUUAUGUGUCUUAUUUUUAUAUUUUCUUUUAUGGUUAUUUAUUACACAUUGUAGUGUACAUUACUGUAGUUUGAAUUGAUACAAUAAUAUAUUUUAGUAUGAAAAAUAAUCUCGAGACAAACAAACAAAAAAAAAUCCCAAAAUGUGGUUCUGGGAAAUGAAGUUUGUUUUAACAAAAAAUGAAAAAAAGAAAGACAUUAAAGGAAAAAAACCCCUAAAAAUAUAAAACAUGUAUUCUGUAAACUUGACUUCUGUUUUAAGCUAAAAAGAAAAAGAAAAAAAAAAAACAGGAAUGAAGUGACAAAUAGAAACUGUUACAUGUGCAUCCGCUCUUUGCGUCGUUAUAAAGCUACUGAAUUCUAAAACUUUUUAAAAGCAUGAGUCGUCGCCGUUUAAAUGAAGGAUCUUGUUAUGAAGACGUUACUCCUCCCCUUUUUAAAUUUCUUUUUAUUUUGAAGCCAAAUUUCCAACGUCCCGUCACCCUGUUUUCCGUUCUGUGCCAACUUGUUCCAUUGUACUGUUGAAGGCUGCAUAUUGUUUGUCCUCUCCGCACCCUUUGUAAAUCCACUGUCUUUUUGUAUUGUUUUUAUUUUAGGUUUGCUCCAUUUCUAUGACUCCCCAUCACAAUAAAAUGUAAGACAGCAAUUCAAACUGACUGGAUUGUUUUGUUAGUCAUCUGAUGGAAAUUUUCUGUAAGGUCGUUUCCUCAGGUUUCAGUAACACCGGAGGUCUUUCCAUCUAUAAAUAUAUCAAAAAAGAAAAAAAAUGCAAAGUGCAAAUAUUUCUAUGAAUAUUUAUAUAAAUAUAUGAAUAUAAGUCGUGUGUUUAUCAAGCAGCUACUGAGAUGAUCUGAACAGUAAAAGAGACAACAGACUUCCCUCAUAAUGAUGAAAAAGAAAACUUUUUUCAUGUACAUUAAAAGGUGAGAAUUUAAUAUUUCAGUAUAUCAGUGUUAUUCAAACUUUUUUUGUAGAAUAUGAAUCAAAAUAAGGGACUGAACACAUAAGCUCAGCAGAAAAGUCUGCUGAAGCAUUAAGAUAAGACAAGAAAGCCCUUUUCCCAUAGACUUCGAUUGAACGGAAAUGUUUUUUGCAGCCACAUCUAUCGCCAUCUGCUGGCCUUCAGAUAGGAUGCAGGUUCAAGGCUUCUGACCUGGAAGCUUCAUCCAUAUUGUAAUACUGUAUAGUAGAAGCACAAAAUCAUGCCUGAUAUAUUUUGAGGAAUGGUAUGAGUGGGAAAAGUCCAAAAAUGACACUCCAUUACUUUAUGUAUGCAAGAGGACUUAAAGCUUCUUAAAUCUUCUUUUACACACAUGUUAUCAAUCCACAUCAGAGUUUAUAGUUCAGCUGCAAGAACUCAAUCAACUCAUUACAGACUCAGGUAUCUAACGACUUGAUAGACAGUAAAAUGCUGAGCAUACGAAUAAUCUUGGAGUAAAGAAGACAUUCAGAAUUUAUUCACAUACCGCUGUAAUCAAUCACAUGUAACUGGGAUAAUAAGUAAGCCACUUAUACAAGUGUGGAUGCUUUAAACUUCACUGUCAUCUAACCUAAAAGUGGUAGUAGAAGACAUCCUGUAACUUUUGAAUUGAGCUAUCUGCAAAGAGAUGUUUUAAUGUAUAACGUAUGGAAAACAAAAAAAGUAAUGUAAUAGUUUUUGGCACCGAUUCAAAACAGAGUAAAAUACUAAAAAUGAGAGUUUUUUCUGUUUUGUUUGGAUAUCCUAAAUCUAAAUGAAGACGUAUCACCAGGUGGCGCUGUGAGACCAGGAAACAUUUUUACAAUGCCAGAAAGCCCACAGGGCUGCAGACCACAAUAUCUCCUGAGAUCAGCCAUUCAUAAACUAUUGAGUUAUGAGCCAUUAUUAUUAAAAAUCAUCAUGUGUCCUUUGAGUGGUAAGAAGAAUUGCAAUCUAUGAGUAUGAAUCCAUGCAAUCUAGCAAUUAUCUUACUCACCCAUGAGCAAAUGACAGAUUAUAUGCAUGGCUGGUUCCAGCUUUAAUGUACAAUUAGAGGGGAAAUAUGCAGUGGGGAUUAUGAGGACGCAAAGCAACAAAAAGAGUUUUCUAACAGCAUUUUGAAAGCUUGAAGAGGAUGAUUAGACAGCAUAUAAGCAGCUGUUAUUAGGCAAACCUCCCCCAGUAUCCAGGUUAUUAUGAAAAUAAACACUAAUAAUAGACUUUUACUCCAAGUGUGCACUUUUAGUUAUAAAUGGAGUUAAUCAAGCUUUUAUAAAUAUUCGUGACACAGCCGAUUGUUGCUCUUACUGUAGUUCAGUUGCUGUGUGGAUCAUGAGGGGAGUCAAAACUCAGCAGCAGUUGUUUUAUAUUCAGAGUCCAUUUUUUGUAGGAACUAGUGAUUUCACAUCAGACAUGACAUAACAACAGAGAGGGGGGAUGCAAGAUGGAAGUUGAUAUGGUGAAGCAACCUUGUGAUUAAAUCUGAUGCUUGCUUUUUGCUUUGUGUUUUUUUUUUU